AUGAUCAUGGAAAAGCUUGGAUUUCAUAAAGUAUCUAAUAGUCCAUCAUCACCAAGUCAACCCAAAAUCACUCAUAAUCGUCCAAUUCCUCAUCCUCAAUCGCCACCAGUACCAAAAAGACCAUUGAGUGAACCAUUAAAGAAACAAUUAUUAGUGGAUAAUUCUCCUGGAAAUGAUGUUGUUAUAGCCAAUUGUGUUGCUGUCAAUGCUCAAGAUUUCCAAAAUAUUCCUGAUAGAGCUCCAGUUAUAUUAGAUGGAGUAUUUGUUUAUUCUAUUGCCAAAGAUGAUCGAGUUCGUCCAGGAACUAUUGGAUUGGCAGGUAAUAUGAGAACUUGGGGUAAAUGGUCAUUAGGUCAACCUGUACAAAUUGAAAAUUAUAAUAUUUUCCAUAAUGGACAACAACAACAAUAUCUUGGUGCCAUUGAUUUACUGAUUGAUUUUAGAGCAAAAGCUAGAGCUAAUCUGAAUCCAAUUAAUCAUGAUGAAUUAGUAACAUUAUUUUUGAAAAAUUAUGAAAAUCAAAUUUUACAACCUACUCAAGUCAUUUAUAUGGAAUAUACGGGGAUUUAUUUUCAAAUUAGAGUGAAUAAUGUACAAAUCAUUGAUGUUAAUACUAAAGAUCAAUUACCAAGUUUUAAAGAUUCCGAUGAUAUAAAUACAAAAGGGAUCUUGAUUAAAUCUACUGAUGUGGGAUUUUAUCCAUUUGAAGGAUCAAUUAUUAAUUUGACGAAACCGAAAACUUUGAAACAAAGAAUGUUUGGUGGAUCAACUCCUCAUCGUGCUAGUCGUAAAAAACAAAUUAUUAAUCCCGAUUUCAAAUUGGAAGAUUUAGGUAUUGGAGGAUUAGAUGCUGAAUUCCAAGAUAUUUUCCGUCGUGCUUUCAAUUCAAGAAUUUUACCACCUGAAUUGGCAGAAAAAUUAGAUUAUAAACAUUGUAAAGGUUUAUUAUUAUUUGGACCUCCAGGUACUGGUAAAACUUUGAUUGCUCGUAAAUUAUCGAAAAUGCUUAAUGGUAAAGAACCAAAAAUUGUCAAUGGUCCAGAAAUGUUGAGUAAAUAUGUUGGUGCAUCUGAAGAAAAUAUUCGUAAUUUAUUUAAAGAUGCUGAAGCAGAAUAUAAAUUAAAAGGUGAAGAUUCAGAUUUACAUGUUAUUAUAUUUGAUGAAUUGGAUUCUGUUUUCAAACAAAGAGGAUCAGGGAAAUCAGAUGGCACUGGUGUUGGUGAUAAUGUUGUCAAUCAAUUAUUAUCGAAAAUGGAUGGGGUUGACCAAUUGAAUAAUAUUUUGGUUAUUGGUAUGACAAAUCGUUUAGAUUUGAUUGAUACUGCUUUAUUAAGACCAGGUAGAUUUGAAAUUCAAAUUGAAAUAUCUUUACCUGAUGAAAAAGGUAGAAAAGAUAUUUUUUUGAUUCAUACUAAAAAAUUGAGUGAAAAUGGUAUAUUAAAUUCUGAUGUCAAUUUUGAUGAAUUAAGUACUCUUACUAAAAAUUUCACUGGAGCAGAAAUUGAAGGAUUAUGUAAUUCAGCUAAAUCUUAUGCCAUAUCUCGUCAUACUAAAAAGGGAUCAUUAGCACAAAUUGAUCCUGAAUCAAUUGCUAAAAUGAAAAUUACUCGUGAUGAUUUUCUUUUAGCCCUUAAUGAUAUUCGUCCAGCAUUUGGUACUGAUGAAGAAGAUUUAUCUCAACAAGCUCAACAUGGUAUUAUUCAAUUUAAUCAAACCAUUAAAAAUAUUUUUGAAAAAGGUCAAUCUAUUAUUGAUGUUGUUAGAUCAAGUGAAACUGAACAUUUAAGAAGUAUAUUAUUAUAUGGUCCUCCAGGAGUUGGUAAAACUUCUAUCGCUACAACUUUGGCUUUAAAUUCUGAUUUCCCUUUUAUUAAAAUGUUAUCAGCAGAAACUUUAGUUGGUAUGGGAGAACUUCGUAAAAUUCAAGAAAUUGAUAAUGUUUUCCGAGAUGUUCAUAAAUCACCAUUAAAUGUUUUAGUAAUUGAUAAAAUUGAAAAUAUUAUUAAUUAUAAUCCUAUUGGUCCAAGAUUUUCUAAUGAUAUUUUACAAGUUUUAAUGGUUUAUUUAACGAAAAAACCUCCAAAGGGUAGAAGAUUAUUAAUUAUUGGUACUACUUCUCAAUAUCAAGUUUUUAAACAUAUGAAUUUGAUUGAUAGUUUCAAUGAUGCCAUUGCUGUUCCACCAAUUAAACAUAUUGAAGAAGUUGGUAAAGUGUUGGAUAAAUUAGGGUUUAUGAAUAAAUCACAACGUGAAGAAAUUUUAUCACAAUUAUCUCGUUAUGAUAUAAAUAUUGGUAUUAAAAGUUUAAUUGAUGUAUUAAUGGUUAGUAAAUAUUCACGUGACACGGUUGAUGAAGUUGUGAAUAACAUUGUCGAGAAAAUGAGUGGAUAA